AUGCGUCGUGGAGGAGAUGCGCUGCGGCGCGUCGCGCCCGUCAGAUCGCCGUCGCCCGCCGUCAUGGCAACCUCUGCGAUCGCGCCGCUGGCGCUCCUGGCGGCCAGCCUCUGCAUCUCCUCUUUCGCCCUUGCAGCUUACAACCAACAAACAAGGCUCUAUAGUCACAACCACCUGCGUCAUCCAGCAAGGUGA